GCUAUUCAUCAAACACAAAUACGACUGAAGCCACCGAAAAAAAUUAUCACUCCUUAUGGCGGCCGAAUCAGUUUUAUAAUGCCUGGAAAAAAUCGUCUAACAAUUCAUCUUAAAGAUAAGCAAAAGAUUCGCGUCCGAAAGCGUUGGAGUCAGGUGAUGUAUCUGUAUUAUUUGUUGGGCUAUCGGCUAAUGAUGAAAGUGGACGAUGAAAUAAGAAAAGAAAUCAUUUCGCAAAACACAUUUAUUUUAACGCUGGAUGGCGAUGUGGAUUUCUCACCGCAGUGUGUUCAUCUUCUUGUGGAUCUGAUGAAGAAGGAUCGACGCCUUGGUGCUGCGUGUGGCAGAAUUCAUCCACGUGGUUCAGGUAGACAGUUUGAAGUACUGUAUUUCUCUGAAGCGAAAGUCUGA